AUGAUAACUAAUAGUAAUGAAUAUUGUUCGUAUUGUCAACAAUCAUCUUAUGCAUCUGUUCGUUCAACAUGGGCAAGAGCUGUUCUAAAUAAGAUUGAAAAUGAUCGAUGUUUAAAAAAUAUCGAUCGAAAUAAAUGGUAUCGUUUAUCACGUAGUGAUCUUCUACAUAAUGAAUAUCGAGAACGUUUUUAUGAAUUUAAUGAAGAUGAAGAUACAACACAAUUUCUUAAACAAAGCGAAGAAAAAUCGGAUAAUAUUCCUAUACAAAUUUUUAAUAGUCUACUUACUACAUUACUUACACUAUUUAUUACACGAACAUCAGCUAAUGGUUUACUCAGUCGUGGACGUAUGUUUGUAUAUUCGACAACUCAAUUUAAAACUUUAUUAGACAUAGAUUCUCAUGAAGAAUCUCAAUUUACGAGUCUUCUCGAUAUUGGUGCUGGUGAUGGGUCGGUAACUGAACGAAUGUCAAGUGUAUUUAAAAAAGUUUAUGUUACGGAAUUAUCUCCAAUAAUGCAAUGGCGUUUAUCAACUUCUGGUUAUACAGUACUUGAUACAGAUCAUUGGGGAGAUUCAACAUUUGAUAUUAUAACUUGUUUAAAUGUUUUGGAUCGUUGUGAAAAUCCUUUAUCAUUACUAAAACAAAUUCGUAAUCAUUUAACACCUAGAACAGGUCGUUUAAUUGUAAGUCUUGUUCUUCCAUUUAAACCAUAUUUUGAAUAUAAUAAUAAUCAUCGUCCAAAUGAAUCUAUACAAAUUGAAGGUGAUUUACCUGAAGAACAAAUCAAUAGUUUAUUAUUAAAUAUUUUUCAACCAUUAGGUUUUUAUUUAAAAAAAUUAACACGUUUACCAUAUUUAUGUGAAGGUGAUAUUGAAAGAAGUUAUUAUUUUCUUUCUGAUUAUAUAUUUGUAUUAGAAAUGUUAUAA